AAACUGAAGAUGUUGCGCCAUUCAAGAUUGUUGGUGAUGAUUUGAUCAAGUAUUUUUGUCAUGAACAUAAUCUAAAGCUUGAGAAGUACAAUGGUGUUCGAGAAAAGGACAAACAAUGGCGUGCAUCCUUCAUAUCGACUCCCGCAAUUUCUACAACUGCAUGCAAUGCGAUUUUUUUCUACACGAGGUAUGCGCAAAUCUUCCUCGAAAGUUAGAUCAUGCAUUGCAUCAACAUCCUCUUUUCCUUGACCCGAUUCCUCCAACAAAGUCCAAUUUCUUGAAAUGUGUGGCGUGUUCUCGAGCGUUCGCUGGUUUCAGUUAUAAGUGCGCUUGUAAGGGUAGCUGCAGAAGGUUUCAGGUAGAUGUUAGAUGCAUCUUAGUUGCUAAAUUUUUCACCCACAAAAGUCAUGAACAUCCCUUAUUUAUCCCCAUUUCUACUGUGGACAAAAAGGCUUUAUGUGGGGCUUGCAAGACCACAGGUGCUGAUUUCUAUCUACAGUAUACUCUAUGUGAUUUUUCUUUAUGUUAUAAGUGCGCCACCGUUCAAGAUAAGCUACACUACAAAUACGAUGCACUUCUACUCUCCCUUUGCUAUGGAGAAGCCUCAAAUAAAACAUAUUGGUGCGAAGUAUGUGAGGGAAAACUAGAUUCAAGCAAAUGGUUCUAUACAUGUAACAAAUCUUACAUCAAUAUCCACCUUAAUUGUGUAUUUGGAUCCGCUGCUUAUAUGAAGUCAGGCUACACAUUUUAUAACUACCAUGUGACGGUGAAAGUUCUAUACAAUAACUGUAACACUCGACCGAUUUGUGGUCGAUGUGACAGUCGUUGCUCGAGUUAUGUAUACUGAAAGUCGUCUGAUGGGACGAAUUUUAUGUUCUAAUGAUUGUCUGGGACUAUUUAUUCGGUAACCUUGUUAACUUCUUUUGUGCAGUAUUGGACAUGUGUAUGUACUUUGAAACUUGUAUUCCCACUAUGUACUCUUAAAGAAUAAGAAC